GAGUAUACUAAUAGCCGUCAUCCGAGCCCCACGCACGUGCGAAUGCUGGGAAGAGCGCAUUGGACGGGGCCAGUUUCGCGAUUAUCUUAGGAUGCAAGCUUAAUUAUAUACUCGUGAUAUAGGCCCCACUACUGUGUUGGAGUGCCUGAAGUGCCGUAGUGCGGGGCCUAUAUAACGAUUAUAGUAUUAUACUCGUGAAACAGGCCCCGCGAACGGACAUUCUGAGCCAUUCAACACAGCAGCGGGGCCUAUAUCACGAGUAUAUAUAGUGAGCUGAAGUUAGCAACCUAGAUACUGAGCAUCCCAAAUAUCUAGGUUUCUUUAGGCUCAAGUCCUGCAAUUUGUCAGAAGCUUAGCUCAUUUUUGCAGCCGCAGGCCGCAGGCAUGAGCGAUACCGAAAAAGUAUCAAACCCUACCGCCGAGGUUCCCGGGGGAUCACCUUUGAUUGCCGUAGCUGACUUUCCGAAGAUGUGGGACUGCUUAACACUCGAAAAUUAUGAUUUCCGCAAACGGGAACACCUGUCACACGAAGAGGUAGCAAAAGAACUGAAUGUCGAUGCUGAAAUUGCUAAGGAGUUAGCUGAUGUUUGCAGUGUUGAUACCCUACACUCUUCUGUGACUGGUGAGAAUAACAAGAAGUUGAAUUGCCAUGACACCAUUGAGAAAGGUAUACUUCCUGAAGCUGGAGCCCAGCUUCAAACACUCAGAUCAAGGGUGGCAGCUUUUGCUAAAUAUGGACGAAGCGGGCCUCCCUCGCAGAAAACAUAUAAUCAUUAUAAGUACAAAAACAAUUCUACCAGUAGCAUCACCAAACCAGUUGUCUUAAUGACAGUAACAAUGACUGUUAGCAACAAGGUUCCUAUACAUUCACGCAUGGUCAAGCACGAUAGAGAGUUGUUAGUCCAUGCUAAUACUCCUCUCUGUGCGCUGAAGGAUAAGCUCCUAUGCCCGAUGGACCUGGUCUACUUGUGUGGAGAAUGCAGUGAGAACCCGGACACUGCGGAUGAUACCCGUGCCCAUGAUCUCUAUAAAUCAUCCUUUAUCUUCAUAGAGGACACCUUCUACAGUGACAUGAGGGAUCCCAAGGCUAGAGACAUCACAGGACCAUUGCGUCGUUGGAUUACUCAAGGAAAGAGUGUGAUUGUUUCUGGUGAAAUGAAGCAAGCCAAGAUGGAAGAGACUACAUUCAACGAUCUAUCUAUCAGACUGGGCUAUCCUUAUCUUUAUGUUCAUCAGGGAGACUGUGAACAUAACAUCACAUUCACAGACAUAAGGUUUAUGGAUGAAAACGAUCAUCAGGACCUAGAUCAGUACCCACUCCUCUGCAAUCAGUCAGCUUUCUACAGGAACACCUGCAUUGGCUGCAAGACACUUACUGCCAAAUGGAUGACAAAGGAAGAUGCACUGGCGCCUGCCGAUCCAUGUUUCUUCUGUGAUGUCUGUUACUACAAGUUCCACUACGACACUAAAGGCAAUAAACUUGGAAACUUCAAAGCUUACCGCCACAUAGACCCCUCCAUCUUCAGAUAACACCGCACCCGAGAACAAGAACAAUGUCUUGAGAUAACUGAAUAUAAACUGGCAAAAAGAACUGAAGAUGCACAUCAAGAGAGUCCCAUUGGAAAUGUUGCUUUCUUGUCAUUUUAUUUUGGCCAUUUACUCUGCUCAUUGAACACCAGUCAUGCGGGGAAUAUAUUGGAUGUUUAUCUUUUCCUCAGGGGAGUGUUUUAUCAAUGUUAGCCAUCUGACAAGUUGUCCGAUCUAACAACUUUCCUUGAUUUUUUAUUUCCUGAGAGACACAAGUGCCUGAUGAAUUAUCGGUUGGAUUUACAUACAUCCGACAGCUCCCUUCAGGAAAUGCUCCCCCGAUUUGGACAAAUUGGAUCACAUAGGUCCUCAGGUAGAUGUGACCUAUGGAAUUAGGUGAUCAGAGUGGGCGCAUUGUGGUCCAGGGGUUCUAAUCUAUGUCUUUCAAAGGGUCAUAGGUUCAAAUCCAUGUCAUAGCAUGUUUUCCUACAGCAAGAAAUUCAUCAUUAUCAUGGUUAUUCAGUUUGCUUUUUACUCUCGUGUUUGGAUAGACUCCUAAAUGAUAAAUCAUGAUGAAAUAAUGUCCAGUAAUCUACAUGUAUAAUUGCCAGUGUCCCUUGUGGUAAAGAUUAAAAGUUUAUUUAGACAAUUGUAAUUCAAUUUUCCCCUUAAAGGUCAGAUAAUAAAUGGAAUCUUGCAUGCAUGUAUUUUACCAUACUUUUAUUUCAUCUGACAAUGAAUUUAAAUUUGAUGGUGAAUAAUCUUCAGAUUCACCAUAGCUGGAUACAGGCUUUUCAUCACAAUCAUGAUCACUUACGUGUGUUAGCAAAAGAUGAAAUCACAAAAGGUUUGAUGCAUGUAUUGACGACUUUUAUAUCAUGUACUGUACAGAAGUUUUUUCUAUGUAUGUAUAUAUUAUUAAAAUGUAUUUAAUUCCAA